AUAUGAGUAUAAUCUGAAAAAAAAAAGUUUUGUAAAAAAGAUGCGCAAUGGUUUGAGGGGAACCUUCAUGCUAACCGCAGUGCACGCGGCCUUAGGGGAGUGGACCAAACUUUGCGGCAUGAAUACAGGAUGCGGGGUCCUACCACUGCCAUAUCCACGCGAUCUCAUCCGUCGUGAGAGGAAACGUAAAAUAACUUGUCAACGAGAUCGGAGCUAUCAGUAUGGUUGGAUUGAUCGAGCAGGCGUUUGGGGUUUCAAGGACAGGAUCUACAAAAUGAUGAAUGGCAGCGAGCUAUGUCAGGUGGUGCCACGGGGCACGCGCGUCUUGCUCUUAGGCGACUCGCUGUCAGAUCAAUUCGGCCACUCGUGGAGCGCACGCCUCUGCGCAGAUUUGAAUAGAGUGUGCAAGCCUACUGAGUCGUGCAGUGGUGGUGCAGUGGUCUGGCGCGAGACUGCGAUGGUUAACUGGUGGGUAUGUGUCGACAUCCGAUGCACUUUCGACGCCGGCGAUAAGCGCGUGGAACACUGCGCAAAGGGGGUAAAUAACAACACGUUGGCGUAUGCGCUACAUGAUUACUCACCGCCAACUUUGGAAUUUUCAAAAUUUAUCAAUAAAACGCGGCCCUCCAUGCUCGUGAUUAAUCAAAUGGCGCAUCUUGGACAUUUUCUUAGUAAGACAAGCCCAUGUUACACAAGAGCACUACCUGAGACCGGGCUCUCUCUGUUGAAAUCUGAUGUACAGCGAUUUUGGCGCAAGGCGAUGGCGGGGACAGCACGGUUUCUGCGCGACGAGUAUCCCCACCUGCGUGUCAUUCUGCGCACAAGUCCUCCAGCCGCCGAUGGUUUGUACACGAAGGGACACUAUAACGAAGUUCCACUGACCGGCGGAGCAGAUUUUGAGAAGGGAGAUUCCCCCUGGGAGUAUGAGCACGGUCUGUACCGCGGGAUCAAUGAUCUGACUGUCGCCGCAUUCCUCGCAGCGGGUCAUGAUGUUGUCGACGUCGAGAUCCCAAUGGGUGUCCGAAUUGACGGCCAUCCAGCGUCGCACAGCACAGUGAAUAGGGGCGAUGCACUUCACUAUUGCAUGCCAGGCGUUCCUGACUUUGGUUUGGACUUUGUCCUGCGUGCUAUAUUUGGGCCUUCAACAGGUCGGUACUCACAGGGCCACAUCCCAGGGCAUAUAACAGGCCCAGGCUACUGAGACAUCAAAAAGCAUUAUGCUUUUGAAAUGCCAGGGCCGUUCGAAGAGGGCUAAACAGCCCCCGGCGGCCUUGGGGGGGCUCCCAUAUAGCGGCGGUGUAUCGGAAUUCAGAUAAUCUUACUGCGGUAUUUCAAGUUCGUAUGCUUCAAGUUUUCUGUAUCAUCCGCAGGAUGGACGACAGAGAGUACACAAAACCCCUAUACUACUCACCGCUCGGACGGGGCGGAUCACCGGACCCCGAAUUUGCCAUAUCUCUACAACUAGACGUCUGGUGCAGGCGCAAAUUGAGAAUAUCGGACCCACGUACCCCCCUAGGGGCGUGAUCGACUUCUAGAGCUACUUCAGUAAGUAACCCUACCCCCUACUGUAAUAGGGGGUUACUUUACAUCAUACUAGGCCCAUACCCGAG